AUGUCAGCUGGAAAGAUCUCUGAAGGUCUCUCUCGGCACAAGGCUGUGCCUUGGUCUUUGGAAGACUGCGCAGAAGGUCCCGUGCUGAAAUGCUUGAAGUGUCAGCAGCUGGAGGCAGCUGGUUUGGCGUUGUCUGAUGCCUUGGCGCUGUUCCUCCUUCCCGGAGAGAAGGAGCUGACCGCGGAGCAGUGGCUGGAUGUGGCGUCGACUUUGCCCCUGGGAACCUCGCGAGCUGAGAUGCAGCAGCUCUUCCUGAAGGUGGAUGCAGACAGCUCCGGCAAGGUUGCGCUGACCACGCUGGAGCAAGGCAUCGCGCGGGCAAACUCCGAAGACUGUUGCAAGCCUCCUACCUGGAUCUCUGCUGCUAUCACCCAGAGGGGCUUGUGCAACCGCAUCAGCUCAGAACUACAACGACGCUGCACCGGCGGUUCCCGGCUGGCACCGGAGGGAGCCUUCAGGCGUGUGAUCAUGGAGACGGAGAGGUAUCUUACGUCAGACCAGUUGACGUCCUUGAUUCUCUUGGCGGACAAGAACUCCGGAGGCCUCGUCGACUACGAGGAGUUCACGGAGCGCUUUGGCGGCUCCGGGGGUUCUUUGGGGGUUCCCGGAGGGGCGCUUCCGCCCCCCGCGGUGGAGGCGGCAGAUGCCUCGGCCGACGAGAUCCAGGUGGUUUGUGCCAGGACCGCCGCGGUGAUGGAGAGCCACGGCUUUCAGUGCGACCGCCUGCCGGCUCUGCUGGCUUUGUGGGGAAGCUUGGAACUCCCGAGCCUGGCGGCGGUGAUCGCUUCCCUCCCCCUAGGCCUCUCCAGACGGGAGGCCGUGGCUUUGCUGAGCCAUGGCAGCGUGGAGGCCCUGGUCGCCAACAUGGUGCAAGUGCAGAGCCAGGGGAUCUGGAAGAGCCACGUGGAGUGGGCGCAGGGCCAGAUCCCGGGCCAUGCGCUCCGACAGGUCCUGCACCAUCAGGUAAUUGAGGCGGAGUCAAGAACCCUGGAGCCAAGUGAUUUCAUGGAGGCCCUGGCAAACGCAGGUGUGCCUCCUGGCAACAUUCAGAUGGCAAUGUGGCUCGCGCAGAAGACGAGUCAAGGUGAUGUGCAGGUGGCUUCCUUCCUUGAGUCCUUCAGUGGCAGUCCGCAGGCCUCUGCGAAGAAGAAACGAGGACUCCUCUGGCGAAUGAUGGGACGAUGA